GCGCACACAUUUCCCCUUCAUUUUUGGAGGGGGGAAAGUGCGUCUUAUAGGGCGAAAAAUACGGUAUAUGUGUUGUGUUGCCUCUCCCCGUGUUUCCAAAGGAGGAGCCAGCAGCCCACAAAUUUCCCAACAUCUCCAUCCCUUCAGGAAUGUGGGCGGUGCCAUACAGAGAGGUGGAAAAAUAAAGGCUGCUGUGAUAUAAAGCUGAAGUUUCCUGGUCCAGCCCAGUAUGUUGCAAACACUCGCUUGUUUCCUUAGUGCUUGAGCAUCAGGAAGGAACCAAGAGACGAGGCAGAAUCCACACACAGAGCUGUCUUCCAACCUCUUUUCAGGAUGUGGAGGGAACUGCGGAUGGUGGCUUUCUACCGGGCUGUCUUUGCAGAAAUCCUGGCCACAGCCAUCUUUGUUUUCUUCGGCCUGGGCUCGGAGUUGAAUUGGCCAGAGAAGCCCUCUGUCCUGCAGACUGCCAUCACCUUCAACUUGGCCGCAGCCACCGCUGUCCAGAUCGCCUGGCAUACCAGUGGAUCCCACCUCAACCCAGCAGUGACCUUGGCCUUCCUGCUUGGCUCUCGCAUAUCGUUGGCGAGGGCAGCCUGCUAUAUGCUUGCCCAGAUGGUCGGAGGCAUUGUCGGAGCAGCCGUCCUUUACGAGGUGACUCCUGAGGACAUACGAGGAACUUUAGGCACCAGUACGGUGAGGGUCAACGUCUCAUCCGGACAAGCUGUGUCUAUUGAGCUCAUUUUGACAUUGCAGCUGGUUCUAAGCUAUCUUGUGUCCACCGAUAGCAGCCGAAACAAAGGUUCUCCAGCUAUCAUGAUUGGUGUCUCCGUUGCCCUGGGACACUUAAUUGGGCAUUACUACACCACCUGUUCCAUGAAUCCAGCCAAAUCCUUUGGCCGUUCAGUUGUCGUCGGGAAUUUUACAAAGCAAUGGAUAUUCUGGGUGGGGCCACUGAUUGGUGCAAUCCUGGCCUUUGUGUUUUAUUCCUUUGUCCUUCACCACGACCCAAAGACCUUUGCGGAACGACUGGCUAUUCUCAGGGGCAGCUAUGAUGCAGAACCUUCGGAGAAGGAGAAAGACCAGCCGACAGACUCUGUAUCUCUGCCCAUGCCCAGCCUUGUACAUAGACUCUAGACUCCUAGGAGCAUGCCAUGGAAGAACAUUGAUGGUUUCUCCUGUUUUUAGGAAGGACUAAGUGAGAAACUACUCUUCCCUCUCUGGCCACGAGAGGGCCCCAAGUGCCUUUUCUCUCAAAUCUGAAGUCAGAUUGCAUAUGCACGGUGCCAAAUUUGCAACGACUCUUUUAGCAAGAGGAACGCCAGACAAUAGGAAUGGAUCUGUGGUGUUGUAUGGCCAGCAGGAGUCGCUGCGUUAACAUGCAUAUGCAAUGCAGGGGAAGGGCAGAGAGGAAGCCAGUUCAGAGGCCCAUCGCUUGCGGCGCCCAGUGACUGUGAACGCUGGCAGCUAAGGUAGCAAUGAUGGUGUUCUCGAGGUUUAAGUCUGCCGUCAUCUAUGCAAAACCAACUAGACCAGGCUUCCUCAACCUCGGCCCUCCAGAUGUUUUUGGCCUUCAACUCCCAUGAUCCCUAGCUAGCAGGACCAGUGGUCAGGGAUGAUGGGAAUUGUCGUCUCAAAACAUCUGGAGGGCCGAGGUUGAAGAAGCCUGAACUAGACUGUGAGCAGUAGGCUCUCGACUCGCAGACUUUUCAAGUGUCCCAGGGACAGUCCCAGAUUUACAGAAGCUAACCCGGUUUCUGAUUUGAUCCCAGAAUGUCCCACUUUCCCUUAGGGCAACCCUAUUUGCAUUGGAGACACGUUGGAGGGGAUGUGACUUCCGAUGGGGCCUCAGUUGACAAGGGUGGCGCUGUGGUCUAAACCUUUGAGCCUCUUGGGCUUGCCGAUCAGGAGGUUGGCGGUUCGAAUCCCCACGGCG